UGGGGUUGUUAGGGCAUCCCACGGAGCCGUGAGCAAUCUCUCUCUCUCUCUCUCUCUCUCUCUCUCUCUCUCUCUCUCUCUCUCUCUCACAGCCGUCACCCACUCACCCUCAUUCUCCCAUCUCCCUCAUUCUCCCUCUCCCCUCCAAGGCAGCCGUAGCCUCCUCUCUCCCUCACACACUCACCCUGCUGCCAACACGCUACAGCAGGCACCACGACACUUACCUUGCUGCCAACACGCAGCAGCAGGCACCGCAGCAUUCACCUAGCCACCAACAUUUUCUCCUUGCUGCACCUGCAAACCACCACAGCAGCAAGCAGCCUGCAGGCACGAAUGGCGCCGGUCGCAGCCACCUUUCACAUACUCCGGCCACCCCAUCAAUUCCGGCAGCCCCUCACGGCCAGAACUCAUCCUGCAUCUCUCUCUCCCUCAUUCGCCCACUCACUCACAGCAGCAGAUUGGUGCAUCCUUUCCUUUAAGCGAGUUUUCCUAUCCAUCAUGGCUUGCAUCUGGGCUCAAAAGUUGGAGACCUCCGUUCUCAAUUGCGCGUUCUUCAUUUCCAUCAUCUGCAUCCGUCGAGCCAUCUCCUGCUCAUCAUACUCGGCCUCUCGACGUUGUUGUUCCAUCUCUGCACGAGCCGCUGCACCCAUAGAUGAUGAUGUUGUUGGGGCGAUGUAUCCACUUCAAAGACCUUUCACCCAGCCCCCGCUCGUUGCCCAGGCACCUGGGAAGUGAUCUCGAAAUCUGUCAUGUGCUGACUCCCUUCUGAAAUAGGUGGAUCCCUUAGCUCGACCAUCCAUGCCUAAUUUCAGUCAUGAAAAUGAUAAAAAGGAAUAAGUAAGACUACAACUUUGAUGUUUUGAAUAAAAAAAUAAACUAAAUCUUUUACUUCACUUACAUGUCUAUCUUGCGCACCCUCGCACCACUCCCCCGAUCGCCGUUGCUGUGUUCUCUGAUACAGAUCCGAUAGUGGUUCCUCUGCAUCAGUCUCAGGAUCAUGCUACAUUAUCAUAUAAGACAUCAUUAGUAUUAUGUCAUGUAAUGGUUAGAUAAUUUUAUAUAUAGUAAUUACCUGGUGAUGAUUUACGAA